CAGACGACGACAUAUAAAUUCAAUUCAAUUCGUUUUGCGAUUGCGUCGAGGUGGUUUGUGCGUUUGUUUAUUCGUAUUAUUUUACGUUAGGCUUACCUACAUAGGGAUAUUUAUUGUUUUAAUGUGGACUUUGCGUCCCUUUUACUUUACGAAUUAUAAUAUUUAUGACCUCAUUUUGGGUUUUGUAACGGGUGCGUACAAGCAAGUGUUGUGAGGAUCUAUUUUUGUUACCGGACGUUAUUGACUGGACGAAACGCCUUGUUUAGGAUUUCGGGACUAGGAACUGGUUUUUGGGUUGAAAAUUUCAUGAUGGCGUGUUAAGCGAGGGUCGGGACACCUCAGGCGGGAUGUCGGCGGCCGCGACGCCGACGGCGGAGGCGCCGGCGCCCUCGAGUGCGCUGGCGACCCUAGACGAGCGGGACGCGGAGCCUCGCACCCCUAUGAAGCGGCUCGGCUCCACCAGAAAGCUUGCAGCAUUCAACAAUAUUCGCAUGCAGCUGGCGGAGCAGACGCGAGUGCUGGAGGCUCGCGCGGAGGCAGCGGCGGGCGUGGCCGGCGAGCUAGGCGACUACUGCCGGCGGCGCGCCGACCUCGAGCACGAGUACUCGCGCGCACUCGACAAGCUCGCACGCGCUGCACUAGCGAGACACCGCGAUCAUAAACACAAACGCGAGCAGUGGUCGUUGACGGGCGCGUUCGCGUGUUGGCAAGCCGCGUUAGAUAACACACGCGCGUUGUCGCGCGAUCAUGCGGCAUUAGCUGACCUGUAUGCGGGCCCGCUGGCAGCUCGGUUACAACGCGCCGCUGACGACGCGUUGCGCCUGCACCGCAAGUGCAAAGAUAUUGUGUCGGAGCGGCACGAGGAGCUGGGCGCGGCGUUGGCGGAGGCGGGCGGCGCCGCCAAGGCGCACGCCGCCGCUGCAGCCGACUGGCGCGCCGCCGCCGGCAAGCUGCGUCAGGCGCGCGACUCGAGGGACAAGCUGGCGCAGGCCGACCCCACCCGCCACAAGAAGCUUAAAGCGCUCGACAAGGAGCUCGAAAAGCGUCGCGCGCGGCACAGUGCGGCCCGUGCGCGGGCGCUGCGGGCGCGGGCCGACUACGUGCUGAGCCUCGAGGCCGCCAACGCCACGCUGCAGCGGUACUACCUCGACGACAUCGCCGAGAUUAUGCUGUGCAUGGAGGUGGGGUUCGAGGCGGUGGUGGGGCGCGCGGCGCGCACGGCGGGCGCGGCGGAGGCGGCGCGCGCGGCGGCGGGCGCGGCGGCGGCGGGCGCGCUGCUGGCGGCCGCCGACGCGCUGGACGCGCUGGCCGACCGCCAGCGGCUCGUGUGCGUGCACGCCACGGCCUUCUCGCCGCCGCGCCCGCUGCCCUACCGCGGCCCGCCGCCCGCCGACCAGGACGCCGACAUGCGGGAGCUGCUCGACGGCGCCUGCGACGACGCCGACGAGGCGGCGAAUGCAGUAACAGCAGACUUGGCGCAGCGUCUUCAGCAGCUGGAGGCGGGCGCGAGGCAGCUGCGUGCCGAGUGCCGCGAGAGUGCUAAGACGCUCGACGCGGCUGAGGCGGAGCUUGUUAGACAGAUGGAGGGCAGCGACAUCGACGUGAGCGCGCUGUUCGGGCCCAAUGCGCAGGCGCUGCCGCCGCCCGCGCCCGACGACGACGGCGCCCGCCGGGACCAGGAGGACUACUAUCUCGCGAAGUUCCGGUCGUACGUGUCGUGCGCGGGGCGGCUGGCGCGGCUGGAGAGCAAGGCGGCGGCGGUCCGCGGGCGGCUGCUGCCGGGCGGCGCCGACCCGCCGCGCUCGCCCGCCAGCCCGCCGCGCCGCGCCGCCGCGCGCCGCGGGCUCUUCGCGGCGCCGCUGCCCGACACGCUGCCCACCGUGCUCACCUCCUGCGUGCGCGUCAUCGCCACCUACGGGUUGCGGCAUCAAGGCAUCUUCCGCGUGUCGGGUUCGCAAGUGGAAAUGCAGGCGUUGCGCGCGGCGUUCGAGCGCGGGGAGGAUCCGCUAGCACGCGUGCGGGACGCCUCCGACAUCAACUCUGUGUGCGGGCUGCUGAAGCUGUACCUGCGCGAGCUGCGGCCGCCGCUGGUGCCGGGCGCGGUGGCGGAGCGCCUGCUGCGGGUGGCGGGCGCGGCGGGCGGCGCGCCGGGCGGCGCCGACGAGGCGGCCCUGCUGGCGCGGCUGCGGGACGCGCUGGCCGCGCUGCCGCGCCCCAACAUGCUCGUGCUCAGAUACCUCGCCGCCUUCCUGGCGCACCUGACGGAGUACAGCGAGCAGAACAUGAUGGACGCGUGGAACCUGGCCAUCUGCCUGGGGCCCACGCUGCUGGCGGCCCGCGGCGAGGGCGGCGCGCAGGUGGCGGCGCAGAACCUCGUCAACGAGCUGGUCAAGCGCAUCAUCCAGCACCACCUCGAACUGUUCCCGCAGAACGUGGCGCCGCACGCGCUCUACAACAAACAGCCAGAGCCAGUACAAGACCAGGAUGACGAGGCUGAGGACGCGGCGGACGGGGCGGCGCCGACCGCAGAGCUAGACGCCGACGCGGACGACGACGCCGACGACUACGAGCCCGACAUACGAGACGACCUCUCGCUGUUUGCUGACGAUGACGAUGAACUCAGCUCGGAAGGUGAUAGUGGAGAAUGGCGCGAUCGGGACUCCGUUGGCCAUCGCAGGGCAGAGAGCUCCGAGAGAGGCUCUUCGCAGGUGCGCGUGGCUUGUCCGGAGGGCGCCGUCCCCGCGGCCGCCGCGCCCGACGCCGCCGCCGCCGUAUGCUAGCGGAGGCGACGCCCGACCUGGUGCUGGACCU